AUGAGCUCCGACGAUGAUUACGAGAUCGAGGUGCCCGAGCUGGCUGCAGACGAUCCCAUGAGGGCAUUUCUGCCCACGUCAUUUGGCAAGAAGUCGAAAGAAGCCGACAUCGCAGCCCAGAUCGACAGGAGUCGUAGGACGGCGCCCAGCAAGGCCCCGGAAGCCAGCGGAGAAAAGGGCAAACGGGCUGAGGAACCCAAGAAGAAGCAGGAUUCGAGGAAUGACUCCGAUAGCGACGACAGCGACGAUUCCGACGACGAGGACGAGUUCCCUGUGUCACACGAGCUUCUCCUCAAGACCCACGACCGCGCCAUAACCACCGUUUCGCUGGAUCCGGCUGGAGGACGCCUAGCAACCGGUUCUACAGAUUGCACCGUUAAGCUGCACGAUUUCGCCUCCAUGACCCCAACAACACUGAGAGCUUUCCGCUCUGUCGACCCCUACGAAACGAAAGCAUCCGCCAACUCCGAAGCGCAUCCUGUCCACCGCAUCGAAUUCAAUCCCCACGCGGGAGGAGUCUUCCUCUGCGUGUCGGCGCACCCCCAAGCAAAGAUUAUGUCACGAGACGGCGACAUUGUCACGGAAUUUGUCAAGGGAGAUAUGUACCUUCGUGAUAUGCACAACACCAAGGGCCACAUUUCUGAAAUCACAACUGGAACGUGGCACCCUACUGACAAGAACCUAUGCGUGACUGCCGGUACAGACAGCACGUUAAGAAUUUGGGACAUCAACAACAAACGCUCCCAGAAAGAUGUGGUUGUUUUCAAGUCCAAAGCUGCUGGCUCCGCAGGUCGAACAAAGAUGACCGCUGUCGCGUGGGGAUUGUCAGCUCAGACCAGCAGCAAUAUACUGGUCGCAGCGGCUCUCGAUGGCUCAUUAGUCAUGUAUAGCGGAAACAGUCCUUUCUCAAGACCUGCUGGAGAAGUUCGGGAUGCUCACAAACCCCAAACAUGGACCAGUGGUAUCGAUAUAUCAUCCGACGGUCGCAUGGUAGUCACGAGAGGAGGCGACGAUCUCAUCAAACUGUGGGACAUUCGCAAAUUCACGAAGCCACUCGUCACGGUCGCCCAUACCUCAACUUCGGAUCAUUUCCCAACAAGCAACAUCAAGUACGCUCCAAACUCGACAAGCAUCAUUACGGGCUCAAUAACAGGACAUUUACAUAUCCUGAAUCCUGGCAAUCUACGCGCAGAGCAUGUUACAGAAAUAACCCCUGGGUCGCCGCUCGUUACAGUGGAUUGGCACCCGAAGAUUAAUCAAAUCAUCACAGGUUCAGCUAACGCCGAGACGCAUGUCUUGUACAACCCGCAGAUGUCGAACAAGGGAGCGGUAGAUGUCAUGUCGCGAGCACCGAAGAAACGACAUAUCGACGACAACCCGGAGUUUACGAUGGACCAGUCUGUUGGUAUUUCCGGCGAUUCGAUUGUGGUGCCAGGUGCGUCGGGAGGCUCAAAGAAAUCCGGCAUUACAGCAUCAGGCCGCUCCAAGGACCCUCGACGUCCUCACAUCCCUCAACAGACCCCCUUCCAAAAGAACCAGCCCGAUGAGAAACUUAUUGCAGAGAAUAUCCCUCUUGCGCGGAUGCUUCACGAAGAUCCUCGCGAAGCUCUACUCAAAUACGAAGGCAAGGCUCAAAAAAAUCCCAUGUUUACCAAAGCCUGGAGUAAGACGCAACCGGAAAUUCAGUACGCAGAGCUGAGUGAUGAGGAAGAUGGCCCUGACAAGAAAAAACUCAAGAGGUGA